AUGAAGGCCUCGUACAUCUUGCCCGCGUUGGGACUGCUCAACGUCAACGAUGCCCUCCAAGGCUCUGCCAACACCUAUAUCCGAAAGCAUCAGAACAGUUACAUGCCAACCAAGUUCAAGAACCCUCCUACAGGCUCCAUCACGCCCCUCGAUGCCGACUUCUCCUGCAACAAGGGCGCCGUCCCUGCCUCUAAGGUCUACAGUGUCAAGGCCGGCGAUAAGAUUGGCCUCAAGCAGGCCUAUGGCGGCACCGGCAUGCAGCACCCGGGCCCUGCUCAGGUCUAUAUGAGCCCUGUGGCCGAUGCCACCACUGCUGACGGUAGCGGUGACUGGUACAAGGUUCACCAGGCUCUGAUUUGCACGGCUGGCAGUGCCGAGUCGCUCCGCUCUACUGCCUGGUGCAGCUGGGACGAGGACCAGGUUUAUUUCACCGUACCUGCCACGAUCCCCAAUGGCCAGUACCUCGUCCGCGGCGAGCACAUCGGUCUCCAUGGUGCUCACGCAGGCGAGGCCGAGUUCUUCUACGCGUGUGCCCAGGUCGAGGUCACCGGCAACAGUGCCAGCAGCAUGCCAGGCCAAGCUGUCAAGAUCCCCGGCGUCUACACCGCAGAUGACGCGGCGGUCAACUUCAGUGUCUGGGGGUCCUCCACCUCGUACAACGCCAUCCCUGGCCCCGACGUUAUCCCUGGAGGUACCGUUCGUGGCAGCUCUGAUGGAGCUUCCGGUGAUAAGGUCGAGACUGUCUCUGGUGGUGUCGAGUCAAACCUCUCGACUAGCGCUUCCGCUGCAGCUACUUCUACCAAGGCCGCCUCCGCCUCCAGCACGGCUGUCCAAACCAUCCCCACGGCUACCCCAUCCAACUCUCUGGGUGCAUGCUCUAGCUUCCGCGUUAGACGUCACAGGUCUCGACAGGUUUAA